UCAUUCUUUGACAACAUCUUUGCAAUCAGGGCAUUACACUGACUCAUCGCUCUUGUCGGAGGAAGAAGUGUGUGAGCCUCUUGUUGAUAUGAACAGCGGUGUAUCUCUAAUUCCCGUAGUUUGCCCCGAUGACGAUAAAGGAGUUAGGGUCUAGCUAUGUCAGAUGAAAAUGAGCGAUUUACUGUUGCACCUGAGACGUCGCGACAUUUAGUUCAUUCAAUAAAUGAUUCGCCCGUUUCAAGUAUUUACACUGAUGAAGACGUCGAGAAUGAUGCAAGUUUAGCAAUUGGAGCAACUGUUGCAGCGAUAUGUGCCACACGUGAUGGUAGCAUAGAAAUUAAUGAUUACUCAGGAUCGUCAUUGGUCAGAACCAUGGGUGAUGGUUGUAUGAAUCCAUCAGAGGAAUAUCCAUCAGGCAAAGAAAUGACUUCAGAGGAAUUAAAACAGGCGAUUGUAUCGAUGAUGUUAAGAAAAGAUGAAGUUGAAGAACGUAACAGAUCGUUACAACAACAUUUGGAAAAAGAGAUGAUGAAGUCAGCUUCCCUUCGUCUUCAAUUAGAAGAUUUAAAAAGAGAUAUGUCGUCGAAAAAUGAAGAAAAUUGCGUCGCUCUUAACGGCUUAAAAAGUGAAAAUGAUUUGCUCAAACACCAACUAAAGAAAUACGUGGGUGCUGUUCAAUCGUUGAAAAGAAAUGACAUUAUGGAAGAAGCUCCAGAAAAUGAAAGACUUUCUUCUAUCAUUCUUUCUCCGGAAUCUGACGUCGACGAAGUGAGAAAGGAAGAAAACAAAGAUUUUGAGCGGAAGUUGAUCCAAGUCGCUGAUAUGCAUGGCGAACUUAUUGAACUCAAUGAAAGACUACAAAAAAUGUUGAAUGUUCGUGAAUGUCAGCUAAGAAUAGUAAAAGAAGAGCUUGUCAAUCUUAGAGGACCGCUUCCUCAGGACAAUAAUCAUGAGGAAUGUGUAUAUUUGACGGAGUUUGGUCCAAAUUUCAUGUCUGUCAAUACUCGUCCUUUAAUUAACAUUUGGAUUCCAUCUGUUUUUGUACAAGGAAAGUCUCCAAACAUUCACCAUUCUUAUCAGGUUUAUAUCCGUAUCAAAGACAAUGAAUGGAAUGUUUACAAAAGAUACUCGGAUUUUUAUGCCCUACAUAAGAAGGUUUUUAAUAAACAUCAACAAGCAAGCAGUUUAAACCUGUUGCACAAUUCACGUUUCCGAAGAAAAUUAUUGGAAAUCGUGACGUCAAUUUUGUGGAAACACGUCGAAACAAUUGGAAAAUUACUUGAGAAAAUUGAUCAAUUAUAG